AUGGGCUGGAAACCUUUCAAGUUAAUACCGCCUGCUUUUGUGGCCAAAUUCGGAGGGUUAAUCUCGGAAAGAUCCUUGAUUAAGGAUGAUGAAGGGCGUUCAUGGCCCGUUAAAAUAGAGAAAACUGUUGACGGGGUUAACCGCAUCCGCCGCUGCUUCAUUCACCACGACGGUUGGCAAACGUUCGUGAAGGACAACCAUUUACAACAUGGCGACUUCUUGGUGUUCCGUUUGGCUUCCAAGUCGGUGUUCAAGGUUGUGGCGUAUGAUCCUACUUGUUGUGAAAAGAAGCUCAUGGUUAACCCACAAAUCAGGGGUGGUAGUAGUAGUGAUGAAGGCGAAGCUAGGCGGAGCAUAAGAUCAGGACAAAGAGUGGAUGAAGGAGCAACAGCAGCUGCAGCAGCAGGAGGAGGUAGAUCUUCUCCAGAAGAAGGAACAUCAGGUAACCCAAUUAUUAUUUCUCCACAACAACAAGAAGUCUCUUCUCCAGAAUCUACACCCAAAAGGUCAAGAUCUUUAGCGGAGAUAUAUGAGACAUGCAAUCCCGCCAUACUUGAAAGUUGA